GGUAGAGUGAGCCCUGCCGAGACGUGCCAGAGGGACCACCAACCCAUUUCACAUCUUGCUGAGUGGACUAUGGUGGCAGGAAGAUGUUGGCUCGGAAGAGUAUUAUCCCUGAAGAAUAUGUGUUGGCACGGAUCGCUGCCGAGAACCUUCGCAAGCCGCGCAUCCGAGACCGGCCACGCAAAGCCCGCUUCAUCGCCAAGAACGGGGCAUGCAACCUGGCACACAAGAACAUCCGCGAGCAAGGGCGAUUCCUGCAAGACAUUUUCACCACUUUGGUGGACCUGAAGUGGCGUCACACGCUGGUCAUCUUCACUAUGUCCUUCCUGUGCAGCUGGCUGCUCUUUGCCAUGAUGUGGUGGCUGGUGGCUUUUGCCCAUGGCGACAUGGACCCAAGCACAGAAAACACUACAAACAGCACAAAGUGGACACCGUGCGUGACAUGUGUCAGGUCUUUCACCUCCGCUUUCCUCUUCUCCAUUGAAGUUCAGGUGACCAUUGGUUUUGGGGGCAGGAUGAUGACAGAGGAAUGUCCCUUGGCCAUCACGGUCUUGAUCUUGCAGAACAUUGUGGGUCUGAUCAUCAAUGCUGUCAUGCUGGGCUGCAUAUUCAUGAAAACUGCACAAGCUCACAGGCGGGCUGAGACCUUGAUUUUCAGCCGGCAGGCGGUCAUUGCAGUUCGAAAUGGCAAACUUUGCUUCAUGUUUCGAGUGGGAGACCUAAGAAAAAGCAUGAUCAUUAGUGCCUCAGUAAGAAUCCAGGUUGUGAGGAAGACUACAACCCCUGAAGGAGAAGUCAUACCCAUUCACCAAGUAGAUAUCCCUGUGGAUAACCCCAUUGAAAGCAACAAUAUUUUCCUCGUGGCUCCCUUAAUCAUUUGUCACGUCAUAGACAAGCGGAGUCCUCUUUAUGAUAUCUCUGCUGCUGACCUGGCGCUCCAGGACCUGGAGCUCAUCGUGAUACUUGAAGGAGUCGUAGAAACGACUGGCAUCACGACGCAGGCGAGAACCUCCUACAUAGCAGAGGAGAUCCUGUGGGGUCACCGCUUUGUGCCCAUCGUCACCGAAGAGGAAGGCGUGUAUGCAGUCGACUACUCCAAAUUUGGCAACACCGUCAAAGUGGCGGCACCACGUUGCAGCGCUCGAGAGCUUGAUGAGAAGCCGUCCAUUCUCAUCCAGACGCUGCAGAAGAGCGAGCUGUCCCACCAAAACUCCCUGCGGAAACGCAACUCCAUGAGGAGAAACAACUCCAUUCGGAGGAGCAACUCCAUGCGGAGAACCAAUCCCUCCCUCAUCGUGCCCAAAGUGCAGUUUAUCACGCCCGAGGGGAGCCAAAGUGCCUCAGAAACGUGAUGCACAGCUUUGUGUGAGGUCGGUGGGCUUCGGAAGGAGGAGGCACCUGUGGUGUUUUGUUUAAAUUUUCUUACGAAAAUGAGAACACAAUGCAGAAAAGAACCGUGCAAGAACUAUUUAUUCUAUUACUUACUGAAAGCACCACCUAAUGGCAUUAGGAAACACUUUAGCACUUAGUGUAUGAAUUAAUAAAAAAUGGCACGUACACUAAAGAAAACACAGUUCACUCAUGUAAUAUAAUGUGUAUUUAUACUUGGUUUAAUGGCAUGCUAAUUUUUCUAAUC